UCAAUUCGAUUAUAAACCAAAUAUUUAAUUGUUGAGUUAUUUCGGUUUUAGUUUCGAAUGAUUCCAUUCCAAUAAUCGAUUCGAGUACUGUUUUGUCACGUCAUCUCUCAAAUUAGGUCACAAAAUGCUGCUCCCACCCUAAACUCUGCCCAAUUGAACCUUGAACCCCAUCCGAACCAAACUCGACUAUGCCCUCUCCAUCUACAAGCUAUCAGGAAACCAAAUCAAGAAUAGAGCUAGGAUCCGAACUCUGAAACCGAAGAAGGAAUGCCGUGCUUCAAAUCUCCUCUCAUUAACCUAAACUUUUACGGUUCUUCACUUUCUGCUCCCACUCCUAAAGAACCAGUCUUUCAUUGUUCCCACCAUCUGCUCCGCCUUCCAAACAGUCUUUCCCAGAAAAGGGAAUGCAACCAGAACCACAGAUUCUAUAUUCUCAGGUGCACACUUGCUAAAGCUAAAAACCCCUCUCCUUCCCAGUUUCACUCAUUAAUAAGAGAACCGCAUAAAUACUUUGAUGAAGUCAUCAUCACAGUCCGCUCUGGAGAUGGCGGUCAUGGUGCAGUUCUUAGUAUGCCAAACCAGACCUCACUUUCCAAGUCAAGUGGAAAGCUCAACAAGGAGAAGAUGAAGAAGAAAACUUCUUAUAAAAGGGAUUUCGACGGCUCACUUGUCCUUCCAAUGGGGGGUCAUGGCGGUGAUGUGGUGAUUUAUGCAGAUGAGAGCAGAGAUACGCUAUUGGAGUUUCACAACAAGAGUAGGCAUAAUGCAAAGCGUGGGGGGAAUGUUGAUGCCAUGGGAAUGCUGACUUCUCAUUUGCAUGAUGGACUAGCUGCACCCACACUGCGUAUUCCUGUCCCUGUAGGCACAGUUGUUAAGCAUAAAAGAGGAAAGCUGCUGGCUGAUCUAACCCGUCCAGGCGAUGAAGUUCUUGUUGCAAGGGGUGGUCAAGGAGGGAUUAGCUUGUUAGAAAUCCCAGAGCACAGAAGGAAAAAAAUGAUAAAUUUAACCACAAAUGUGAUGAGAGAUGAAAAGGAUCAGGUUUUGGUUCUUGGCCAGCCUGGAGAGGAAGUGAGCUUGCAGUUAAUACUAAGAGUGGUUGCUGAUGUUGGUCUUAUCGGACUUCCAAAUGCUGGGAAAUCAACUCUGCUGGCAGCCAUUACACUUGCAAAACCAGAGAUAGCGAAUUACCCAUUCACCACUUUGAUGCCAAACCUCGGACGCCUUGAUGGUGACCCUACCCUCGGGGCAGCAGAGUUCUCAUCCGAAGCAACUCUGGCAGAUUUACCAGGACUCAUCGAAGGUGCUCAUUUAGGAAAGGGAUUAGGACGUAAUUUUUUGAGACACUUGAGGAGGACUAGGUUGUUAGUCCAUGUUGUUGAUGCAGCUGCCGAGGACCCUGUAAAUGAUUACAGAACUGUAAAAGAGGAGUUGCGAAUGUAUAAUCCUGACUAUCUUGAACGACCGUACAUUGUCGUUCUGAAUAAGAUUGAUAUCCCUGAGGCAAUGGAAAAUCUUGCACAUAUAACCGAAGAGAUUAACGGGAUUGGGUGUGAUAGGGCAGCUGAUCAAAACCUCUCUAUUAAUGAGGAUCAAGAGAACGAACAUUCAUCCCAUGUUUCAGAUAAGGAACAGAGUGUUAAAAAAAUCGAAGAGUAUCCGCGCCCUCUUGCUGUUGUGGGGACCAGUGUUUUGAAAGGGAUUAGAGUGAAGGAGAUGUUGAGUGAGAUAAGGGCCGCUUUGCGCAGAUGCAGAGAUGAAGAAGAAGAAGAAGCUUAACCUUCGACAUCUCCGAGGAAAUAGUUUUUAACUCUUUUUCUCCUUGCUCCAUGUGCUAUUAUUAGUAUAUAUAACUACCUAUUAUAUGCUCCCU